CAAUAUCUGAGUGAUAUAUAUUUCCGUUUUUUAAAUACCACAUCUUAUAAUUAUCAUCUUGUUUUAAUUAUGUUGGUGAAAUUGUAUAAAAUUGUGAUGUAACAUAUUCGGUAAAUAUGCAUAUUGCUAGUAAAUUUUUGAGUGAAGGAAUUAUAAAUCAUAUAUAUUAUUCCGUGAAAAUAUUAUUUUUAUUAUGCAAAUGUAUGCGAAAGUGUUUUUGAUAACAAAGUUCGUCGUACGAUGGCACCACUUUCUAUUUCACGAGUCGAUACAAGUACGAAAUAGCUGACUGCUCGAAGCAGUGUACACAUAACCUCCUUCUCCGGUCGUGCUGUUUCUAAAUCUCAAAAAGUUUAUUGCGAAAAUACUCUUUAGUUCAUAUAAAGUGAAACAUGUUUCGUUUUGGAGCCAGAUGUUCCCUUGUCGUCAGGAGUUUUAGUACUAAGUUCAAUGAAAUCGGCAACCUCGUUAAAAAAAAUAAAGUAGUCGUCUUUAUGAAAGGUGUGCCAGAGGAGCCAAGGUGUGGGUUCAGUAACGCUGUAGUCCAGAUAUUACGAAUGCAUGGUGUUACUUACGAUGCUCAUGAUGUUCUUAAAGAUGAGAGUCUCAGACAAGGUGUAAAGGACUUUUCAAAUUGGCCUACAAUACCUCAAGUUUUUAUAAAUGGCGAUUUCGUGGGUGGCUGUGACAUAAUGCUAGAAAUGCAUAAGAAUGGUGAACUCAUUGAGGAAUUAAAGAAAGUUGGGAUUACAAGCGUCCUUUUAGAAAAAGAAUCCUCUUCAGAUAAUAUCAAAGGAUCUAAAGAAUAAAUAAUUUAAUUAUCUUGUAUAUAAACUGUUUCAUAUCAACAGUGGUUUUUUGUUAUAAUAAAUAUUUUUGUUAGCGUUAGCUAUAUAUGUAAAUCAAUAUGAAUUAAUGUCUCUAUGAA